CUCAUGACUUAUCGAUGUCAUACUUUCGUUUUUCUUGGUUGGUAGUUGAUAUUGGUUUACAAAUUUUUUGUUAGUAACAAUGCAAGCACAGAAGGAGGCUCCAGCUGACAUGCAAUGCAAGGACAAGUUUCUACUUCAGAGCGUCGUUGCAAGUGCUGUUACCAGUCCGAAAGACAUCACCCAAGAAAUGUUCAAUAAGGAGCCUGGACGCGUUGUGGAAGAGUGCAAAUUGAGAGUGGUUUAUCUUCCUCCGCCACAACCACCAUCUCCAGUGGCCGAAGGAUCAGAAGAAGGUUCUUCACCGAGACAGUCCUCGACAGAGAACGAUACUCAAAAUGGUUCUGAGCUCAUGAGAACAUUCCUUGAAACUCCUGACAAAUCUUCAGAGGCAAAGUCGGCUAUUUACAGAUUGACGGAGGAGAAAGCUGGUGCUCUACAUCAGAGCAACAGACUUCGUCAAGAAUUG